AAAAUGGGAUUUCUUAAAUUUUCUCGCUUCAUUUUCCAGAGAGAGAGAGAGAGGGGCGUCUUCACCUGCGACCCCUUCAAGUUUCGAAUCGAUCUCUCUGCUCAAGGGUUUGGAUGCGGGGAUCGCGAUGUCUUCUCUCAGCCGGGAGCUUGUGUUCUUGAUCUUGCAGUUCCUCGAUGAGGAGAAGUUCAAAGAGACCGUUCAUAAACUUGAGCAAGAGUCGGGAUUCUACUUCAAUAUGAAGUAUUUUGAGGAUGAGGUGCAUAAUGGGAACUGGGACGAGGUCGAGAAGUACCUCUCUGGUUUCACUAAGGUUGACGACAACCGUUAUUCGAUGAAGAUUUUCUUUGAAAUUCGGAAACAAAAGUACCUCGAGGCGCUUGACAAGCAAGAUCGAGCAAAGGCCGUUGACAUCCUUGUGAAGGAUUUGAAAGUCUUUGCCUCAUUCAAUGAGGAGCUAUUUAAGGAAAUUACCCAACUAUUGACAUUGGGAAAUUUCAGGGAAAAUGAGCAACUAUCAAAAUAUGGGGAUACGAAGUCAGCAAGGGCUAUAAUGCUGGUUGAACUGAAGAAACUCAUUGAGGCAAACCCUCUAUUUCGUGAGAAAUUGCAGUUCCCAAGCCUCAGAAAUUCCAGGCUGCGCACUCUUAUUAAUCAAAGCUUAAACUGGCAGCACCAGCUCUGCAAAAAUCCAAAGCCUAAUCCAGAUAUAAAAACCCUUUUUGUCGAUCAUAGUUGUGGACAGCCUAAUGGUGCACGUGCCCCUUCUCCUGCAAAUAGCCCACUGCUCGGGUCCAUUACAAAAUCAGGAGGUUUUCCUCCAUUGGGUGCGCAUGGGCCUUUCCAACCUACAACAGCAACAGUUCCUACACCCCUUGCCGGUUGGAUGUCAAAUCCACCAGCUAUCACCCAUACAGCAGUUUCUGGUGGGGCCAUCGGUCUCGGUGCUCCUUCAAAUCCUGCAGUUGCACUUCUGAAGCAUCCGAGGACUCCUCCAUCAAAUUCCGGUUUAGAUUAUCCUUCAGCAGAUUCUGAACAUUUAUCAAAAAGACCGAGGCCUAUGGGGAUGUCUGACGAGCAGGUGAAUCUGCCUGUAAAUAUAUUGCCAGUCACCUAUUCUCAAAACCAUAAUCAGGCUAUGCACUCUCCGGAUGACUUGCCUAAGCAUGUAGCUCGGAUACUGAACCAGGGUUCAACUCCCAUGAGCAUGGAUUUUCAUCCCAUCCAGCAGACUAUUCUGCUUGUUGGUACGAACGUGGGUGACAUUGGGUUAUGGGAUGUCGGAACUAGAGAGAGAUUAGUGCAAAAGAAUUUCAAGGUUUGGGAACUUGGAGCAUGUUCCGUACCUCUUCAGACUGCUCUAGUAAAAGAUCCGGGCGUAUCUGUUAACCGUAUAAUAUGGAGUCCAGAUGGCUCUUUGUUUGGAGUUGCAUACUCGAGGCAUAUUGUACAGAUAUAUUCUUAUCAUAGGGGUGAUGAUGUUAGGCAGCAUCUGGAGAUUGAUGCUCAUGUUGGUGGGGUUAACGAUAUUGCAUUCUCUAACCCAAACAAGCAGCUAUGUGUAGUCACUUGUGGAGAUGACAAGAUGAUUAAGGUGUGGGAUGCGACUACUGGUACCAAACAAUAUACCUUUGAAGGUCAUGAGGAACCUGUAUAUUCUGUUUGUCCACAUUAUAAGGAGAAUAUUCAGUUUAUAUUUUCAACUGCAUUAGAUGGAAAGAUAAAGGCAUGGCUGUAUGAUAACGUGGGAUCUAGAGUUGAUUAUGAUGCUCCAGGUCAUUGGUGCACUACUAUGGCAUACAGUGCUGAUGGUACUAGGCUAUUCUCAUGUGGGACUAGCAAAGAAGGGGAAUCAUUCAUCGUGGAAUGGAAUGAAAGUGAAGGAGCUGUCAAGAGGACCUACCAAGGUUUCCGUAAGCGAUCUUUGGGUGUCGUGCAAUUUGAUACAACUAGAAACCGGUUUUUGGCUGCUGGAGAUGAAUUUCUCAUAAAAUUAUGGGAUAUGGACAAUAUUAAUCUCUUGACGACUAUUGAUGCUGAGGGUGGACUCCCAGCAAGUCCUAGGAUACGGUUUAACAAGGAGGGCACUUUGUUGGCUGUUUCUACGCAUGAUAAUGGAAUUAAAAUCUUGGCAAAUGCUGAUGGAAUGCGCUUGCUUAGAACAUUUGAAAAUCGGGCUUUUGAUGCUUCUAGAAGUGUUUCUGAAGCUGUUACAAAGCCUAUAAUUAAUGCCUUGUCUGCUGUCAAUACUGCAUCUACUUCUGGAGCGACAGAUAGAGCUGCAUCUACAAUGACAAUUACUGCAAUGAAUGGGGAGAACAGAAACUCAAUGGAUGUAAAACCUAGGGUAAUUGACGAGUCCAUGGACAAGUCAAAGAUUUGGAAGCUUACUGAAAUUAAUGAACCAGCACAGUGUCGAUCAUUACGGCUCAUGGAUAAUCCAAGGCCCAGCAAGAUAUCAAGAUUAAUUUAUACAAAUUCUGGAGUUGCCAUCUUGGCUUUAGCAUCCAAUGCCGUCCAUUUACUUUGGAAGUGGCCACGUAAUGAUCGCAACUUGAGCGGAAAGGCAACAGCUAGUGUAACUCCUCAGUUAUGGCAGCCACCAAGUGGCAUACUGAUGACUAAUGAUACAACGGAUUCAAACCCUGAAGAAACAGUGCCCUGCUUUGCUUUGUCAAAGAAUGAUUCUUAUGUGAUGUCUGCAUCAGGUGGAAAGAUUUCUUUGUUCAACAUGAUGACAUUUAAGACCAUGACAACUUUCAUGCCUCCUCCGCCAGCUGCAACAUUUCUAGCAUUCCAUCCCCAAGAUAACAACAUCAUUGCUAUUGGAAUGGAUGAUUCAACCAUCCAGAUUUAUAAUGUCCGAGUUGAUGAGGUUAAAAGCAAAUUGAGAGGCCACUCAAAAAGGAUCACUGGGCUUGCUUUCUCCCAUGCAUUAAAUGUUUUAGUGUCAUCUGGAGCUGAUGCCCAGCUUUGUGUUUGGGGUAUGGAUGGGUGGGAGAAACAGAAGAGCAGACCUUUGCAAUUUCCUCCUGGUAGCACUUCAAAUGCAGUUUCAGACACAAGGGUACAAUUUCAUCAGGAUCAGAUCCACUUCCUGGUUGUACAUGAGACACAAAUUGCUAUAUUUGAAGCCAAUAAGUUAGAGUGUGUGAAGCAGUGGGUACCUCGAGAAAAUUCAGCUCCCAUUUCCCAUGCUGUAUUCUCUUGUGACAGCCAAUUAAUAUAUGCAAGCUUUUUGGAUGCUAGCAUUUGCAUCUUUAAUGCUGCAAAUCUGAGACUACGUUGUCGGAUUAGUCCUGCUGCUUAUCUUCCUGCUAAUGUCAGCUCAAAUGUUCACCCACUGGUAAUAGCGGCACAUCCCUUGGAGCCAACUCAGUUUGCUUUAGGGCUAACAGAUGGAGGAGUCCAUGUCCUGGAGCCACUAGAAUCUGAAGGAAAAUGGGGUGUUGCUCCCCCUGCUGAGAAUGGAUCGGCUUCCUCUGCCUCGCCAGCUGGAGCUGCAGGUUCAGAUCUGCCACAGAGGUGAUUGGAUGAAGAGGAGUUAACUAGUUUGAUUGUUAUCCUUUCUUUCGCCCUUGACAAACUGAGGGCUUUCUAACCAAGGAUUUUGGGCUACAAGCUUGUCUCCCAAGAAACAGCUGAAGACGGUUUGAUGCUCACUUGUAGGCAGGGAUCUAUUUUGGUAAAGUAUGCGAUGUGGGUUAAGAAUGUUAAAUUUAGAAUGUUUAUGAUGUGUAGAAAGAUGUUUAUUAUGUGUAGAAAGGGUUUCUGUAUUUUACAUUGAUGAUAAUUUAUCUCUAGUUUAAACUUCAUGUUCUGUAUAA